AGUUCUCACCAGCACGUGUUGACGUCAUUGCAAAUGCGCCAAACAUCCGCAGUGACGCGCUGUCGCGUGUUGGUGCGCACGAAAAACAAAACUUUUAGAGACAUAUUUUCUACUCUGGAGAUAAUAACAGCCAGACAAACAAACUGGUUACGUUUCUUCUUUUUUAGGAGGCUUCCAGCAGACCAUGCCUCACGAGCCCGACCCUCCUCCGGCUAAAAAAUUCAAGCCGGGGUCUGUUUUUUUCCGGAAUAAACCUGGAAUGCUUUUGCCAAAAAAGGGGAAUGCGAGCACUCCGAUAGAGGUCCAGAGGAAACAACUUCCGAUCUACCAGGCGAAAGCACAGCUUCUGAACCAACUGAGACAACUUCAAAAUGCGAUCAUAAUAGGUGAGACCGGAUCUGGGAAGACCACACAGAUCCCACAGUAUCUGUAUGAAGCCGGAAUCGGUCGUCUGGGUUUGGUCGCCAUCACUCAGCCGCGUCGAGUCGCUGCGAUCUCUCUGGCAGGACGGGUGGCAGAGGAGAAGAGGACUCAGAUCGGCAAGCUGGUUGGCUACACUGUGCGCUUCGAAGACGUCACCUCCUCUGAGACGAAACUGAAGUUCAUGACUGACGGCAUGCUGCUGCGGGAGGCCAUAGGAGACCCCUUGCUGCUGAAGUACACCGUGGUAGUCCUGGAUGAAGCCCACGAACGCACUGUGCACACGGACGUGCUGUUCGGCGUGGUGAAGACCGCCCAGCGCAGACGAAGGGAGCUCAACAAGGUCCCCCUGAAGGUCAUAGUGAUGUCUGCCACCAUGGAUGUGGACUUGUUCUCUGAAUACUUCAACAAGUCUCCUGUCUUGUACCUGGAAGGGAGGCAACACCCCAUUCAGAUCUUUUACACCAAGCAGCAGCAGUCAGACUAUCUUCAGGCGGCACUCGUUUCCAUCUUCCAGAUCCAUCAGGAGGCACCGCCGGCUCAUGACAUCUUGGUGUUCAUGACGGGGCAGGAGGAGAUCGAGGCUCUGGCGAGGACGUGCCGAGACAUCUCCAAGCACGUUCCCGACGGCUGCGGCUCCAUGGUGGUUCUGCCCCUGUAUGCCUCUCUGCCUCCGGCGCAGCAGCUCAGGGUGUUCCAGCCGGCUCCCAAGGGCUGCAGAAAAGUCAUCCUGUCCACCAACAUCGCAGAAACAUCUGUGACCAUUUCUGGGAUUAAGUAUGUCAUCGACACGGGGAUGGUGAAGGCCAAACGCUUCAACCCUGACAGCGGUUUGGAGGUCCUGGCCGUGCAGCGGGUCUCUAAGGCCCAGGCGUGGCAGCGAGCAGGCCGAGCUGGCAGGGAGGAAUCCGGCUUCUGCUACCGACUCUACACCGAGCAGGAGUUUGACAACUUCCUCCCCAUGACUGUGCCGGAGAUCCAGAGGUGUAACUUGGCCGGCGUGAUGCUCCAGCUCAUGGCGUUGGGGAUUCCAGAUGUGAUGAACUUUGAUUUCAUGUCCAAGCCUUCUCCAGAGGCUGUGCGUUCUGCUGUGGACCACUUGGAGCUGCUGGGAGCUGUGGAGAGGAGGGAGGGGCAGGUUCUCCUCACACCUUUGGGGAAGAAGAUGGCCAGCUUUCCUCUGGAGCCCAGAUAUGCUAAGACCAUCCUGUUGUCCCCUGAAUACUCCUGUUCUGAGGAGAUCUUGAGCAUCGUGUCUCUGCUGUCCGUUGACACUGUGCUGUACAACCCUCCAGCCCGGCGCGACGACGUGCUCGCAGCACGCAAGAAAUUCACGUCCAGCGAGGGAGAUCACAUGACACUGCUCAACAUAUACAGGGCGUUUAAGAAAGUCAGCGGAAAUAAGGAGUGGUGUCGGGAGAACUUCGUGAACAGCAGGAACAUGGGUCUGGUGAAAGAAGUCCAGGCGCAGCUCAGAGACAUCUGCCUGAAGCUGAACCUAAAGCUGGAGUCGUGCGGUUCAGACACCUCAAGUGUUCGCCGCUGCCUUGCCCAUGGGAUGUUCCUCAACGCGGCAGAGCUGCAGCUCGAUGGCAGCUACGUGGCUCUGGACACCCACCAACCCGUGACCAUCCACCCAUCGUCCGUCCUUUUCCAGGCUAAGCCAGCGUACGUGAUCUUCAACGAGCUGCUGCACACCUCGCGCUGCUACAUGAGAGACCUGUGUCUGGUAGACGCCGACUGGCUGCUGGAAGCAGCUCCAGAAUACUUUGGCCGCAAGCUUCACCUCUCCAAGCCCUAACCGGACUUCAGCUUUAACUUUGUGUGAGCAAAGAAGAGCGGAGUAUUUUCUUGAAUGGAGAGUUUUCAGACUCCUCUACCUCAGCUGGCAUGGAUCUAGCAUGCGUUGCUGUAGUAAGCCUCGCAGCAGAGGCUUCCUCCACGUUCAGGAUUUCACACCUGAAGAGGAUGUUUAGCUUCAGUCGUUUGCAUGCUUUUAUAAAGCACAAAAACCUACCAGGAACACAGUUUACAGAGGACUCCAGUUUUCACAAUAAAAUGUUGCAGCGAAUCUCCACCUAAAAUUGCUUUCAAGGCAGUUUGGGGUAAUUAGCAGGUGAUCUCAAGGGCUUUUUAGAUAUCUAAAGAAUAGAUUUAAAUAAUUUAUUUACAAGAAUGUAUGAAAAAAAUAAAGUGUUUGUCAAAUUGACGUGGUUUCAUCCAGUUCACGCUGUGCAUGUCUCUGUGACUCAUUUCUUGAUGCAUGUUCAGGAGGCUUCACUCCUCAGCCUGAACUAAUGUUGUGUCUCACAUGUUGCAUGAAGAUGAUCUGAUCUCUCAGGUCAAUUCUUUGUGGAAUGUCACAUUGUGCUGAACACUCAAGAUUGUAAAUGUUUUGUCACUUGACUUAAUUCCUUAACACAACCAAAUGCAUCAUUGGAUUAAGUUUUGUUUACUGAUUCUGCAAUCAUUUGGAGAGGAUUAUAAGUAAACGUGUGCAUGUUCUCUACAUGCUUGCAUGUAGUUAAGAAUAAAUGCAUGUUUGAAUUUAUAUGCAGUUGUUACAGUCUUGUAUAACAAAAGUUAUAUUUUCUAACACAAAUAAAGUUUUCAUUACUUGCUUCACAACACAA